AUGGAAAAAGGAAAUCAAACUUCUGUAGCUGAAUUUAUCUUGCUAGGACUUUCACAGGAUGCAAAGGUCCAGAUCUUGUUGUUUUGUGUUUUCCUGACCUUUUACCUUCUCUCUGUAUUUGGGAAUUUGCUCAUAAUCAUACUUAUUCAAACUGACUCUCGACUUCACACUCCCAUGUACUUUUUCCUCAAAAACUUGUCCUUUGCUGACUUCUGCUUCUCCACAAGCAUUGUUCCCCAGAUGCUAGUCCACUUUCUUGUGAAAAAGAAAACUAUUUCCUUUGCUGGAUGCUCUGCACAGAUAGUUGUCUUCCUCCUAGCAGGAUGUACAGAGUGUGCACUGCUGGCGGUGAUGUCCUAUGAUCGCUAUGUGGCUGUCUGCAAGCCCCUACACUACUCCACCAUCAUGACCCAGAAGGUUUGUGUCCAGCUGGCUGGAGUGUCCUGGAUUAUUGGGGCCUUUGUAUGUUCAGUGGAUAGUGCAUUUACACUGUGUCUCCCCUACCAGCGGCAGAAUAUAAUUAAUCAUUAUUUUUGUGAACCUCCUGCACUCCUGAAACUGGCUUCAGCAGACACCUACCAAGCUGAGAUGGCUCUCUUUUCUAUGGGUGUGGUGAUCCUCCUAGCUCCUGUCUUCCUCAUCCUUGUGUCCUACUGGCAUAUCAUCUCCACUGUGAUGCGGAUGAAGUCAGGGGAGGGGAGGCUCAAGGUUUUCUCCACUUGUGGUUCCCAUCUCACAGUUGUGGUUCUCUACUAUGGCUCUGGAAUAUUUGCUUACAUGAGACCCAAUGCCAAGGUAAUGAGUGAAAAGGAUAAGGUCAUCUCUGUGUUCUACUCAGUUAUGACUUCCAUGUUGAACCCCAUCAUUUAUAGCCUGAGGAACAAGGAUGUGAAGGGGGCUCUCAAGAAACUGGCUGGAAGAUAG